GGAGGGUUUAAGGUGCGGUUCGGACGCCGUUCCAACUCUGUACCAACUGCGAACUGAAGCGAACGGGUCGGGUCCCGCCAUGUCGUGACGACGAUGCAGCUUUCUGCCUGGCUGCUUUCUUUUACUGCAUAUACAUUCAACUUCAAGGUUGUAUCCAUAUUCUAUUGAAUCCUCGCUCUGAGAGCUGACCAGAAAGCAUGGACGAUGUUGUGGAACUCGAAUUUCGGGCACCUGCUAUCAAAGCUCUUGGCUCUCUCUUCAAGCUCACCCAAGUUUUCCUCUGGUAUGGUGCUUCAGCAGAGACCCGGGAGGAAGGAAUGUCUUUCACCGAUACUCUUCAUGAUGACGGGACUAACUCGGACACCGUUUUUGUUAAUGAGGAUGACAGAGAACUUGCCACUCAGAUGAGUUUGUUAGGGCUUCCCCUUUCCUUCCAAACAAAUAAAGAAAGGAGGAAUGGCAGGACAAUUGGUAAAAGAAAGGAUACCAGGAAGAAUCCAUAUAAUUGUGAAGGGGAUGAUGAUAGUUUACUGGAUUUAACCAAAGUGAAUGAGGGGGAUCCUGCAUCUUCCACCGCUUUUUGUGAUAAAACAAGUGGUUCUUUUUGUUGCACGUCAAUGCCCAGCCAAGGUGAAUCUUGUUGCUUCCAUGCUGCAGCUGAUGCCAAUAAAACUCAAUACAUUUUGGCUGAAGGAGAAGAUUCAGCUAAUUUGACUGCUAGGAUUUCUUGUGCUGCCCAGGAACAGACACCCAAUGGACUAUCUAGCAUUAUAUCAAAUCAUAGUCUGGAUUCCAACCUGAAAACUGCAUCUAGCCCAAACGAUUUAGAUCCUAGAGCUUCUGCAGGAAGCAGUAUUUUACUUGAUGAUAUUGAGCAUUGUAAGAAAGAAAAGGAUGGAAGAUUAAUUGAGUUUGCCUGUGGUCAGGAUUCUGAAGAUCAGAAGUUCUAUAAUGAUAUUUUUGUUGAGCACGUACAGGGCCCUGGUGUGGUUGCAUGUUUCCAGCCUACAGAAGUGCCUGAUGGUGGCAAAACUAACAGUAAACACAACGGGGACUUCAAAGAAUGGACCUCACAUUGGGACUCUUUCUACAUGAGAAACUACUUCUAUAGCACCAAAACUCAUGAAUCUACAUGGGACACUCCUCUAGGGAUGGAACACCUAGUGUCUGGUGAAGUCAUUGAGAAACAAGACGAAAUGAAUGAGAUUGCUGAAGUGAAUUUUGACCUCAUGGUUUCUUUUCCUUGUAACAAACCACUAGAUUGUUGUGGUUUGCAGUGUGGUACCAAUUUGCUUGGUGAAUCCAAGAAUGAUGAUGAAUUACUGGAUCAACUGCCACCUAGUGAGUCCUUACAAGGGUUUGAGCUUGCUGGUGAAAACUGUCAUGAAUUGAUGACUGUACCUGCUCUAAGCUGCAGCUUUCAGCAAUUGUAUCAAAAGCAGCAGAUCAACAAGAAUUGUUGUGAUGAAACUUCUUCACAUGUCUUGUUGCAGCACAUCGACAGUGUGCCUACUAACACACUAUCAGAGGGCAAUUUGAAUGAUAACAUGCUUGCAGGAGUUAUUGAUCCUGCAACUGUUCAGUUGGAAGCCCAGCCAAAACCUGUCACUAGAAAAGUGAAAAAGAAAGCAAGGAAGAAAAACCAAAUCAACAGGAAAUUAUCUUGUGAUUCCAGGGAUCUUCAGCUCCAAGGAUUUUUGGAGGACUUCUUCCCCAGUAUUGGCAAAUAUUGGUGUCAAAGAUACCUACUCUUCUCCAGAUUUGAUGAUGGAAUAAGAAUGGAUGAAGAAGGUUGGUUUUCUGUCACUCCUGAGCCUAUAGCCAAACAUCAUGCAUUACGUUGUGGUACUGGCAUCAUAGUUGAUUGUUUUACUGGGGUUGGUGGGAAUGCCAUCCAAUUUGCACAGAGGAGCAUACAUGUUGUUGCAAUCGAUAUUGAUCCAAAGAAGAUUGAUUAUGCACAGCAUAAUGCAGCCAUAUAUGGGGUUUGUGACCGUAUUGAGUUCAUAAGAGGGGACUCUUUCCUUUUGGCUCCUAGAUUGAAGGCAAACACGGUCUUCUUGUCACCUCCCUGGGGGGGUCCUGAUUAUGCUAAAGAAAAAACAUAUGACAUCAAGACCAUGCUCAAGCCGCAUGACGGGUAUGUUCUCUUUAAUGUUGCUCGGAGAAUUGCUUCCAGAGUGGUGAUGUUCCUUCCGAGAAAUGUUGACUUCAACCAACUGGCAGAGUUAUCUCUAUCUGCCAAUCCUCCAUGGUCACUAGAGGUGGAGAAGAACUUCUUAAAUGGCAAGCUGAAGGCCGUAACUGCUUACUUCACUGAUAUGUCCGUGUAGAAUACAGACUAGCUUUCUGAACUAUUCCAAUGUCAAAGGUUGUUUAUACCAGCUACAUUGCGACAAAAUAGUUGCUGCCAAGGGUUCUACUGUGGCAGCUUGCAUCUCACAACGCUUCUAUAGAUGUCUUGUUAGUAUAUUACAUCAUUAUAAAUUAGUGUGAUUAGAUACCAAGGUGACACUAUCAUGUUUGUACCAGAAGUAACGUGUCACAAGCAACAACAGACCAUGACAUUGAAUUCCUGUCACAAACAAGCCAUUUAUAAACUCCUACAAGAUUUUAGUUUUGCAGCAUUUUCGAAA